AUGGCUAUCUCAAAGAACUUACCAUUAUUAAAGAACCAUUUCAGAAAGCACUGGGAAGAAAGAGUCAGAGUUCACUUUGACCAAGCCGGUAAGAAGGCUUCUAGAAGACAAGCCAGAUUAGCUAAGGCUGCCAAGGUUGCUCCAAAGCCAAUCGACACCUUAAGACCAGUCGUCAGAGCUCCAACUAUCAAAUACAACAGAAAAGUCAGAGCUGGUAGAGGUUUCACCUUAGCCGAAAUUAAGGCUGUUGGUUUAACUGCCAAAUACGCCAGAACUAUUGGUAUUUCCGUUGACCACAGAAGACAAAACAAGUCUCAAGAAACUUUCGAUGCCAACGUUGCCAGAUUACAAGAAUACAAGUCUAAGUUAGUUAUCUUUGACAAGAAGACCAAGGCCGCUGAAGCUGCUGCUUACGAACAAGUUUCUACUUCUGCCACCUUCCCAAUUGAACAACCUGCUCCAGAAGCUGGUGUCAGAGCCGUUGAAGUUCCAGAACAAUCUGCUUACAGAACCUUAAGAUUAGCCAGAUCUGACAAGAAAUACAGAGGUGUCAGAGAAAAGAGAGCUAAGGAAAAGGCUGAAGCUGAAGCUGAAAAGGCUAAGAAAUAA